AUGAGAGACUUCCGGAGCUCAUGGAUCCUCAAACUCCCGCGUAAUCCGCCACGCUGCUUUGUUUGUGGAGAGAUUACCGUGGGAUUAGGACCGACGGUGUGGUCCUACGAACACAGGAGGCUGGAGGCUGCUCUGGAGAUGACCCGGCUCCGUCACAAGUGGAAACCGAUAAUACUGAAGUUUAAGGAAGAGCCUCAGAGCAGGAGAGACGACAAAGCUCUUGUUAAUGAGUAA